GUUCUCUUUCUGCCCCCAAAAAGCAAAUAGUGGUUUUUUUUCUCAAGAGUGGGUGAGCGAAACCCCUUCACUAUUACCUUUGGCAAUUGCCCCAGCCUUUCUUCUUCUCUACUCACAAUUUAAACCGCAAUACCGCUUUUAUUCUCGCUCUUUUUCCCAGCGCAUAUAGAUUCCAGCACCAUUCCUCCUUUUUUUAUUGCUCAUCAAACCUACCCAGUUUCAUUUUCUUAAAUGUCGAGCGAGCUCAGCGCAGGAACAACCCCUGGCGCUGUAGCAGCUGGCGAGGGCCAAGCCGACCCAACGCGAGUCCCACACAUCCGCAUCGUGCCGCACAUUGUGGACGUGCGUCAUUGCCUUUACUUUGACGUAAUGGACCGCGACCAGAUGAGCCGAAUUGCGUUUAAGAGCAAAGUGGUCAGUCGCAGCCAUGCAGAAAUUUGGACGGAAGGCGGCAACUUUUAUAUCCGCGACACAAAGUCAUCCUCAGGCACGUUCCUCAACCACCUGCGGCUGUCGCCGCCGGGCGUUGAGAGCCGGCCGCACCAGCUGCACGACGGCGAUGUUUUGCAGCUGGGCUGCGUCAAGAUCCGCCUGGAGAUUAACCGCAACUGGCAGCGGAGCAAGGAGAAUCCGUUUAGGCGGCAAGUCAUGGAGAACAUCCAGAAUGCAUAUCAUGCCAUUGGCAGCACAGCGGGGGACGGCUCGGACGACAGCAACAACGAGUGCUGCAUCUGCCUGUACAAGAUGGUAGCGUUCCAGGCGCUGUUUGUUGCGCCGUGCUCGCACUGCUUCCACUUCAAGUGCGUCAAGCCCAUUCUGUUCACCAGCACCGGCUUCAGCUGCCCGCUGUGCCGCACGCUGGCCCCGAUUGCAGUGUCAGCAGGCGAUAAUCAUGUCAGCAACCCGUCAGCUGCCGCAGCCGAGGCGGAGGCCGCGGUGGUUGCAGCAGAGACCGGGGGCCUGCGCAUGCCUGGCGCGUCUUCGGGUGGUCAGCAGAGCAGCCAUGCGCUGGAGCGCGAUGAUGCCAACUCCACGCCCGUGCCGCAGGAGCAGGCGGCCAUCGACUCGUUCGGCACAACCCCCGUGGGCAGUAUGCCGUCGAACCUGGCGCACUUCAGCUCGCUGGCUGCGGGCAUCAGCGAAGGCGAUGCGGCGGCGGUACUGCAGCAGCAUGGCUCGGAGAGCAUGCAGGUGUCGUCGCCUGCGUCGACAGACAACCACAACGCCAAUGGUGAGGCUGCCAGCGGAGCCCAGCCAGGCGCUGCGUGCCAUCCGGCGGUGGGUGCGCCGUCACAGACCGGCGCUGCCCAGACCGACAGCCGGGCAGCCCCGUCAGGCAACGGCGAGGCGUAGGCUCAGACAAACAACAAAAUUUUAGGCUCUGAACAGAAUUUUUAGCUUCAAAAUUAUGCUUGAGCUCCUACGGUCCUCCUGGGUUUCUUUUCUUUUUCUCGGUCCAUACUCUUAUUGCUUAGUCCCUUUCUUUCGUCACUUUAAUACAAAGUCCCAUCAAUAUUG